AAUACAUUGUUCUGUUCUUAGAUAUUACAAGGAAGUGGAUGUCAAAACUGCUCACACAUUCCUUAGAUCAUGCUAAUCAACAAAUAUGAUAUUAUAGAAAAUAAUAUGAAUGAGAAGUACUCAGAAAGCAUGGUUUCUUCUCCACAAACAGACCAACGGAUCAAUGACUCGCAGGAACACGUACGUGUGUGAGCGAACCUCUACUGACCGCUAUGCAGCUAUUCCUAAUGGCAAAGACAGCAGCUUAACGGAGGUGUCAGGGAGCACCCCGUCGACUGCAAUAGGCUCCACACGACCUCGCCACACCAAGUCCAUGUCGUCGUCAGGGCAUGCUUCGAAGAGCACACUGCCCCCCAUCGACGACAACACAGAGCUCAAAGCCAGCCCUUCUCCGCGGGGUCCCUCCAACUCUCCAUCUGCACACAGUAUUAGCACACCAGAGAAGAACAGGUUCCCUCGGGGCACCACCAGUCGCAGCACUUUCCACGGAGCUCAGCUCAGAGACCGGCGCAGCGCCACCUACAACGGCCCCCCAGCUUCACCAACACUGUCCCACGAUACGGGGGCUCUCGCUCAGCAACGCAGGGGCACCUCCACCGGGAUCAUCAGCAAGAUCACAUCCAAGUUCGUCCGCAGGGUGCCUAGUGAGGGAGAGGCCAGUGCCAGGACAGAAACACCAAGAAGUGCUUCAGGUGAAACUAAGGAGGACAACGGUCGUGACUCCAAGCCCCGCUCGCUGCGUUUCACCUGGAGCAUGAAGACCACUUCCUCCAUGGAGCCCGCCGAGAUGAUGAGGGAGAUCCGAAAGGUCCUGGACGCCAACAGCUGCGAUUACGAGCAGCGCGAGCGCUUCCUGCUUUUCUGCGUCCAUGGCGACGCUCGCCAGGACAACCUGGUCCAGUGGGAGAUGGAGGUGUGCAAGCUGCCCCGCCUCUCACUCAACGGCGUGCGCUUUAAGAGGAUAUCAGGCACGUCCAUCGCCUUUAAGAAUAUCGCCUGCAAAAUUGCCAACGAGCUCAAACUGUGACGAGCAGAUGGAGUCCCAGUCAGUCUUUGUUGAGCUCUGGUUACAGUCUCAUCUCAUCACUGGAUUAGUGUUGACUUACAGGACAAAAAUUCAGCACUGAAGGUCCUCACCGCGCAGAAUCAGGGUGGACUCGGCUGGUAACGUGCAAUACUGGCCAUGAAUGUACUGUACAGGGUAGUGGAUCAGAUAGAUAUCGCGAGGUUUGACCUCUGUGAUGGAGAGACAGCAAAAUCAGCAAACCCCGCCCUUUUUUUUCUCUUCCGUCCGGCCCUCUGUCUCUGUCAUCGGCCCGCUGCUCCUCGUCAAAGGACACAUUCAUGUAACACAUGCAGUAUGCAACUGAAAAUGACCAUUCUGCAAUAAUGUUUCCAAUCUCUUUUUCUAAAUGCCUACUACUACAAGAUCUACUCUCCUCGCUGAAUAACCAUUAAAAUAACUGAAAGCUAAAAAAUAGCCGCUUUUCCACCUAUGUUAACUCAGUAUAUAGAUCAGGCUGGAGCUCAUACUAAAACAAUGUAAAAAGAGAAUUGUACUGUAUGCAUAACAUCUGCAGGUACUGUAUUGUAUAUUGAUUUUACGUUCUGUACAGAAUUUAAUUGUCAAUACUGUCUUUUUUCAUGGGAUUUGAGUUCUUUCCUAAUAUAAUUGAUGUCUCUAACCAUUAUCCUUUCAGUCUGUGAGUUUUUAUUUUUAUUUUUUUUAAGAUCCACCAUAUGAAAAUAGUGUUUUUAAUUUUAUUUAAAGAGCACUAAAUUAUUUUGUUGAAUAUUAAGGGAUGUGCUCCCUUGCCUUUUAUGUUAUAUUUUAUUUGCCUACGGAAAAAAACAUUAAGUUGCACCACAUAGACUUGAGUAGUACGUUCAGUUCAAACUGAAAAUGUGUUCACUUUAUUUUCUCUCAGCAGUAGGUCGGUGAUUUUUGGAGAUCCUGCUGCAGUUGCACAAGUUUUCCAGGGUGAUGUGUAUGAACAUGAGAGUAUGCACCUGUAUUUCUUUCGUGUUAGUUUGGUAGUCCUCAAUUUACGAAAAAGGCAGGGUUCAAAUCGGGUUCCUUUCGAAAGAGGAGGGGAGGACAGGACGUCUUUAUCCAAAGUACUGAGAAAGCAUGAAAAGUAAAAUGAUCAACUUGAAAAAAAAAAAAAAAGCAGUGUUUGUGGAGUCUUUCUGAAGAGCCUGAUUUAAUCCUGCCACCAGUGUGAUUAUGCAGGUACUUGUGUAUCUCCUUGCUUGUUUUUCAUUUUAAACUCCGCAGAUUUUGUUGUAUUUAUUCCAUUACAUUGUAAUGUGCUGCUUUGUAGAUUUGAGGCGUGCACUUUGUUGGAGAAAAUAAAAAGGAUUUUAUUUGUUUGUA